CGCCAUUCCAUCAUUUAUUUCGUGUCGUGCCGGCCGCGUGUGGGGUAAAAAUUGGAAACACGUGUUCUCGCCUCUCGAGAACUCGCCUGUAUUUAUAAUUCUACGUAAAUAGAAACAAUUUUAUUGUUAUUAUCAACAUAUUUGUGUAGAAACCCUCAGAAAUAAACCAGACAUGACUGAGGCUAAGGAAGUAGUUGCCGAGUCCAACGGAGAGAAUAACAAGCAGGAGCAGCCAGUGGAAGAAGAGAAUGAGUUGGAAACUGCGAUAAUACGUCAAGUGGAGUAUUAUUUUGGAGACUUGAACCUUCCACGAGACAAAUUCCUCCGAGAACAGGUUCAAAUUGAUGAUGGGUGGGUGCCAUUGGACAUCCUCACCAGAUUCAACCGACUCGCCAAGCUGACUAAGGACACUGAAAUCAUUGCCAAAGCCUUGCUUAAAUCUACCAAUGGACUACUUGAGAUCUCUGAAGACAAGAAGAAGGUCAGACGCAGUCCUGACGUACCUAUUCCGGAGAUGAAUGAGGAACGCAGAAAGGAAUUAAGUAGCAGGACUGUUUACGCUAAAGGGUUCCCAAAAGAAUCUACAUUAGAUGACUUACUAAAACACUUCAGGCAAUAUGAACAAGUUGAGAAUAUUAUCAUGAGGAAAUAUCAGGAAAGGUCAUCCAAAAAGAGGCUGUUUAAGGGGUCCAUAUUCCUCACAUUCAAGACUAGGGCACAGGCUGAGAAAUUCAUGGAGACUAAACCUCAUGAGUACCAGGGUACAGAACUGCUUCUCCACUGGCAGGAAGACUAUAUAGCACAGAAACAAGAGGAGUAUGCCAACAAGAAGGAACAGAAAGAUAACAAGAAGAAUAAGGAUAAAGAACAUCAGAAUGUUGAGAAAGAAGAAUUGAAGCUACCAACAGGAACAGUAUUAUACUUCAGUGGUGGCACAGACCAAAUGAAGAGAGAGGAUAUCAAGGAAGCGCUCUCAACCCUUGGAGCAGAUAUAGCAUACAUUGACUUCAAAGUUGGUGACAAAGAGGGUUGGGUUCGCCUCACAAAGGAAAACACCGCUAAGGUAGUUGCAGAGAAAAUGACUGAAAAUAAAAUGAAGAUUGCUGAAGCCGAUGUUGAAUUUAAAGUACUCGAGGGUGAAGAAGAAUCAACAUAUUUACAGAAAACCGUAGAAGAAAUGGCUAAACGUCGAAAAAAUAUGAAGAAUUUCAAAAGCAAUAAAGGCAGAAAGGGCGGAAACAAAUACCAUGGUAAAAAGAGGCGAAAUGACAACGAUGAUGGCCCCCCUAGAAAAGUUAAAGCUACUGAAAGUUAGUUAUAGAUGGCGCUGCCGUAUAGAGAGGACUAUGCCAACCAUAGACUUUCAUAAUUGCUUUUAAGUAUAAGAUACAACUUGAUUACAAGAAUUAUAAUCUUUGUUAACAAUCCGAAACGGU